UAAACUUGAAAGUAAUUUAUUAUAGUAAUAGCUUGUUAUUAUUAAUAUAUAUGUCAGAGCUGUAACCAAACCCAACAUUUUUUAAAAACAGCAAAAAAUGGAAAUACAUAUGAUUAUGAUUUGAGAACUCAUUUUGAAACUUUAAAAAAAAAAACCUUUUAUUUGAGGUUGGAAUCAGAUUACGACUAUCUUCCUAUAUUUCCACCCACCUCCUCUCUUGCUCUUCUGUCUUUAUUGCUUCAUUUACGUACAUCAAUUCUAGCUGCUUGUUCCUUUGAUAUUUUUAUGAGUCAUUUCCUUACUGCUCUUGAGAAAAGAGACUACUACCUUAUAAGAGACUCCUUCUGCCUGUUGAGCUAUAUCUCAAAGAUCCUUAAUGAAUGAAUGAGUCGAUCCAUUUAUAAAAAAAAAAAUAGCGAAACUAAUAAGUGAGCUUAGUAAAUUUUAAGCAAAGCAACUUAGGCUAAAAAGACCACCGAUUUAUUUCCAAAUCCUUUUUUGUUCCAUUUUUGUAAAUAAGAAGAGCUUUGAAAAUGAGUUUUAUUUUUUUAUUUUUAUUUUACUUUUUAUUUUUAGAUAAGAGAUUUAGCUAUCCAAAUUAUUGUGUGCCCAUUCCCCUAAAAACUCCUUUUGUUUAUGUUAGGUUUUGUUUUUAGUGCUUGUCAUGUUAAACGAUUCAUUCCCACAGUGAUAGACCUGGGUGUCUCAUUUGUUAAUCUUGUUACAGUUGUUGGGCUCUUAUCAAGAAUUUCAUGAAUUCCUCUCAGUUUCAGCUCCUAACUGCUAUGCUUCUUCCCAGGUUGUCCCCCUCCCUUCUUUCUCCUCUGCAGUCCUAUCUACGUGUUGCAAUGCAGAACAAUUAGAAAUUCUUAGUGAGCAUUUUUGCCCAAUUUUUGGCCUGAACCCUUGGACAGCAUUUGGAUUAAGUUCACUGGCCAGGAUCCUGGGCAGCGAGACCAAAUAUCGAGACCAGGAAUUGUUUGUGGCUAAUCUAAAAUGCUGGUCUUUUAACUUUUUGCAUGUCUCUUGCUUGAGAUUAAGGCAUGGGGUGAGAUGUAUCGUUCAUAGCUCACCCUCUUAUGUACACACGGACCACCUCCCCUAAGUGGCCAGAGUGAAUAAGGGGUUGCCUGUCUUCGCAAAAAGGGAACAUCAAAAGAUCCUUCUCCCUAAGAGCCAGAUUUUAGGACUUUUGCCUGACCUGUGUGGCUAUAGGACACUCAAGUUUGUAACACAGUCUGUGCUACAGUAUGUCUCCUUCAGAGACAGACUUUGGAGUCAAGUCAGUGGUUUGAAAUCUUAGCUGCAUCACAUUGUAAAGCACCUAGCAUUCAGUAACUAUUUAAUAAACAUUAACUUUGUUUCAUUUGCAUCAUCUCAUUUUGUUGGGGGAAAGGAUGUCCUGCGCUAAUCCCAUACAGGAUUUGUGGACUCCACCCCCACUCCAGACCAAAGCCAUCAGGACAUUGGGAAAGACAAAUCCCGUCACCACCAAAGGGAAGGUGUCUGGGACCUGAGGGUGGAGUUAAGCAGCCAGGUUGGGUAUAAAAACCAAACACGUGGGCCUUGGGGUCUCUUGCUCUGUCGCUCGCCUCCUGGCUUCACGGCUCCUGGCUUGCGGCCAGCUUCAGAGUGCCAUUUGGGGUUCCUGAUCAGCGCAUCAGCUUAAGGUGACUGGAAUCCAGCCCUGCAGCGCCAUAAACCAACACUCACCAUUCCUAGUCCAGUCCACAGUCCGGACCUGCCCAGGGUGGGUUUUUCCCUGCAGCUCUCCUUCUGCCCUAGCAAUUCACCGACCCACCGUGUGCAAGGGAAGAGCCAGGCCGCUCCCUGGGCAUCAUGGUCUACCUGCUGGCCUCCGAAGUUCGGCAGCUGCUGCACAACAAGUUCGUGGUCAUCUUGGGGGACUCGGUCCAGAGAGCUGUGUACAAGGACCUGGUGCUCCUGUUGCAGAAGGACUGCCUGCUUACUCCCAGUCAGCUCAGGGCCAAGGGAGAGAUGAGCUUCGAACACGAUGAGCUGGUGACUGGGGGCCAGUGGGGCCCCAUGCACAAUGGCACCAACUACCGCGAGGUGCGCCAGUACCAUUCCGACCACCACCUGGUGCGCUUCUACUUCCUCACGCGCGUGUACUCGGACUACCUCAAGGAUGUCCUGCGAGACCUGGCGUCGGGUGAGCACAUCCCGGACGUGGUCGUCAUGAAUUCGUGCCUCUGGGACCUCAACCGGUAUGGGCCAAACGCCUGGGAGAGCUACCAGACGAACCUGGCGGCCCUGUUCAGCCACCUGCGACAGGUGCUACCCACGUCGUGCCUCCUGGUGUGGAACACGGCCAUGCCCAUCGGCCAGAAAAUCAAGGGGAGUUUCCUGCCCACUCAGGCCUCUACCGAGUCCCAGAAAGCCAGAGUGAUGGAAGCCAACUUCUACAGCUGCGUUGAGGCGGAUAAGCACCACCUGGACGUGCUGGACUUGCAUUUUCACUUCCGCCGCGCCGAGCAGCACCGGCAGGGAGACGGGGUGCACUGGGAUGAGCGCGCCCACCGACACCUCUCCCAGCUGCUGCUGGCCCACGUGGCCGACGCCUGGGGCGUGGACCUGCCCCGCCGCGACAGCGUGGGCAAGUGCAUCAAGAGUGGCCCUGCGAGGGAGAGGCCUAGACAGCGGGCGGAGAGGCAGCCGCAAGCCAGCAGCAGUGAACUGACGGUCCCUCUGUCCCUACCCUUGCCGCUUCAAAUGCGCCCGCCCCUGCUUCCGCUCCCACCCACAUCUCCCUGCUUACUGCUGCGCCCCCUCCUGACCCCACAGCCGCACCCCGGGCCCUUUCCCCAGCAGGUGCCCCAAUUUCUGCCCUGUCCCCAAGAUGCCUAUUUCUCCUCAGACCAUCCAUUCCAGUCUGAUCAAUUCUCAGACUAUUUCCAUUCAGAUGUCCCCUUGUCUUCCCAGACUGAACUGGACUUUGUGUUUGACCCCCAACCCCCUCUUAUCCCCCUCCCCACACCCUGUUAUCAGCAACGGGCCCCUGUGGUUCAUAGGGGUUUUCGUGGGUUUCCACCCCGGGGCCCCUACACACCCUGGAGACAGCGGCCCAGACCUUUCAAGAGAAAGACCCCAGCGUGCCCAGAGCCAAGGCCUCAGUGAGGUGGACUUAAGCCUUUUUUCUCCUUGUGGUCAUGGGGUGGACAGAUCACUGAGGCCUUGUUAACUUAAUUGUUUGGCCCAACUUGGACUUUUUUGUUUAUUCUAUUACCAGUGAAGGGAGGCCAGAACAAUCUGACUCAUUCUUGGGGCCUCUGGCUCCUCUGGGGGUGACCAACAUAAUUCCUGCCUCCCUAUGCCUUAUUCUCUUUUAGUAAAUGUAAACUUGAAAUAAAGAAUUUGUUUCACAAAGGCAGUUGUGGGUUUAUGUGUGUCUCUAUUCAGUGCUGCCUCUCCUUUCCGUUGAGCAGUUCUGCCAGAGCAAAGACAGGAAUGGUCCGGGCAGCCACUUGAUGAACUUUUCCACAUGGUCUGUCUGACAUAAAUCUAAGGAUUUUGAGAAAAUGGAGUUGAUUGCUUACAAAUAAAAGAACAUUAAUCUUUUGUGAUCAUAUUUACCGGAGAUUUUAGGAAUCCUUGAAUUUUAGAACUGGGAAAGCUAAAGAUAACAAAAUUUAACAUUUACAAACAAGAAAACUAAGGCCAAGAGAACUGAGUGACUUGUUCUGGGUCACACAGAAAAUUCUCCACUUGUCUUCCUGGUCUAUACUAGUCUCUAAUUUAUAUUAACAUUCAAGCCACAGGACUGAUUUACACCAUAGCAAAUCUCAAACCAGGAAGGGAAGUUUACCAAACAUGAUCGUUCUAUGCAGGUCAUGGUGAAAAAUCCCUAUAAUUGUAUAACCAGAAGUUUAUUGGCCUAAUUGUCACUAAUAUCUUGAAUAGUCUUGAGUUUUGCACUUGAGAAAAUUAGAGAAAACUAAUUGUCAUUAAAACUAACUUACUGCAUCAAUGACAAUGUGAGUGGCCAUUGUAGAAUAAAACCGAGCUGGAAGGCAUUAGCCAGAACUCAGUUCCAGAAUGGGCCACGGCCAUCUCUUCUGUUUGGUAGGAAUGUUAACAUCAGGGAGAUUUUAAAUGUUAGGCCCUUGCUAAUGAGUCCCAAGGCAAGUUAGGGUUAAAAGUAGGCAGCUUCAGGGCCAGUGUAGGCAGGGACUUCAGGAGAAUUAAGGGAGGCCUAUGAGACAAGGGCAGAGAAAUUCAGGAGGGCUAAUGAGGGCAGUAAAUUUUACGGUUAAUUCUGAGACUAAUUGGGGCAGUACAUUUUAGGAGACCUUGGCCAGGGUUCGGAAAAAGAGGAACUCCAAGAUAAGAGCUGGGAAAAUGGGCACAUCUGCCUGUAGGAGUAUAGCCACAAAGAGCCAAUCACAAACUAGGAUGAUGAGAUUUUAGAACAGAGGGAAAAAAAAGGUUUAAAUGCCCCUAGACACAGGCCCACAACGGCUUUCUUGCCCCUUCCAAGUACAGUGUACCUGGGAGUCCUUACAGUCUUCCUUUAAAUAAACUUUACUUUCUUAAACAAAGUUUGUUUCUCUCAGCUUACUUAUCUAACAUGUCUGCGAAUUCCUUUUUAUGGCUUUGUGGGACAAGAACCUGUGGUGGUUCAAGGACUAAAUAAACAGGGCACACUGGCAUCACUAGUACUUUGAUACAAUAUGAUAUGAGUAAAAUUGUCCAAAUAAUAUGAUUUUUCAAUGAAUUGAUUUGACUGGUUACUAGGUCCUCAUCUGGUCCAUCCCAAAAUUUAAAAUGAGGGUAAAGAAAUGCUAUCCUGCUAAAAUGAAGUUGGUGAACUCAAAAGAAAUGAAUCAGCUGUUUACAGAAGAAAUACACUGCAACUUUAAAUCCACUAAAACACUAAAAUUCCUGAAGGGUAAAGCUUGUAUUGUAUUUAUCUUUGAGCCUCCUCAAUCCUGGUGAAAUGUCUAGCACUUACUAAGUACUGAGUUAUGUUUCUUGAAUGACUCAGUGAAUGAAGAGGUGGCAUAUAAAUGUGUUUCUAAGUCUCUAAGGAGAUACUAUAAAUUGGGUAAAAAUAUAAAUUCUAGAAACCAUGCAAAUCGAUAUUUAAUCUUUUUGGCCCAUCUGAAGUCCUUGCCAAAACAGCCUGGUGAUGACCUUUGGACUAUAGAAAGAUGGUGCCUACAAGUCAAAAUUUGCAGAAUGUUCCAGAAUAGUCAGGAGAGAGGGGAACUUGACCAAUGGAAAUGUUCCACUCCCACAGAGGAGAUGAGUGCAUCGGGCUGUGAGAUUUGGUAACAUUAGCCAGUUGCCUCCAUGCUGGCUAUACACUUCUAAGGACAAUCAAGCAGCAUUAGCUGAUGAUCUAAGUAAGCUGACACAUUAGUAUUUCUAUGAAUAUCCUAAUAAAUAGGUGUUGUACUUUAUAGCUCUUGUAAAUUAGGUUGAUAUAUAUUAAUCCUUGAUCUAAUCACACCUGAUGAACCAAGGAGAAUGAGUUCUUAGAUACAUAGCGCUGAGGACUUGACAUUAAGUCUGAUAAAUCCAUGAUACUAUGGAUUAAAUUGCACCAAUCAUUUAACAGUCCUAUUUCUCUCAGAUGACAGGAGAGCAGGAAGACUCAGAAAGGGACAUUUCCUUCCCAGGUGCAUUAAUUUCCCGUUGGGCUGUAAAAAAUACCACCAGCUUGGUAGUUUAAAACAACAUAUAUUUAUUUUCUAACACUUCUGGAGUAAAAAGUUUAAAAUCCAUUACCCCAGAGAAAAAUCCUACUGUCCUACAUGAGCAGGUUUUUGCCUGCCCUCACAGCGUUAUCUUCCAGAACUCUCUUCAUUGCUCUUGAUGCAUUCAAACUGACAGGACUAGUAUUGCUCAUACAUGCCAAGCUCUUUUAUGACUUGGGUCUUUGUACUUGCCAUUCUUUUUGCCUAGAAUAUUCUACAUCAACUAUUUUCCCAUUCUUAAAUAUCCAACUAUUCAUCCUACUGUGCAAUCCUACUGCCCUCGCCUCCUAAAAGGCCUAUAACCACUUAAUCUCAAAGUACUGCUAGGAUCUAUUAAGCAUUUUUUUUUUGAAAAUUUUAUUUGUUUAUACAAGAGCUGGGGUACAGGCCAGAGGUGUGGGAGGGUGAGAGGAUUCACCAGAGAAUGAGAGGGGAGCAGAACAGGUAGAUGGACCGAAAAGCACUGCUGAGGGGAGCAGGGGGCGAGACAGGAGAGGUCUGCUGCACCAUGCUGGCCAGGAAUUGAACCAGAGCUGCAGAGGCUGCGGACAACUUCACAGCGCCAUGGUCAACCCGCUCCACUCCCACCAGGGAGGCCCCUGUUAAGCAUUUUUUAUUUCCUUUGUUUUGCUUACCCCACCCUGCUGUGGCUUCAGUAGUUCCCUGUUAGCCUCUC